GUUGGACUUGGGUGAAACUGAACUCUUUGGGUUUUCAUUCAGUUUGCAGACAACAUGGCUCGGCUGGUGGAGUGUGUCCCCAACUUCUCUGAGGGUCGAAAUAAAGAGGUGAUCGAUGCCAUCUCAGCAGCCAUCUCCAGCACACCCGGCUGCAGCCUGCUGGACGUCGACCCCGGAGCCUCCACUAACCGCACCGUCUACACCUUUGUGGGCUCUCCUGAGGCAGUGGUGGAGGGGGUGCUGAACGCCGCCCGCCAGGCCUUCAGCCUUAUUGACAUGAGGAAACAUUCAGGUGAACAUCCUCGGACCGGGGCCAUGGACGUUUGUCCCUUCAUCCCCGUCCAGAACGUCAGCAUGGACGACUGCGUGCAGUGUGCCAACGUGUUCGGACAGAAACUGGCAGAGAUGCUGCAUGUGCCCGUGUAUCUUUAUGGAGAAGCAGCUCGAACAGAGACCAGGAGAAGCCUUCCAUCUGUGCGAACAGGAGAGUACGAAGCUUUGCCUGAAAAGUUGAAACGUGAAGAAUGGGCCCCUGACUUUGGCCCCGCCGACUUUGUACCAUCUUGGGGCGCGACGGUAACUGGUGCUCGUAAGUUCCUCAUUGCCUAUAAUGUGAACCUGAUCAGCACUAAAGAACAGGCUCAUCGCAUAGCACUGGACAUCCGGGAGCAGGGUCGAGGGAAGGACCAGCCUGGGCUGCUGAAGAAGGUGCAGGGGAUUGGUUGGUACCUGGAUGAGGCUAACCUUGCUCAGGUUUCCACCAACAUCCUGGACUACGAGGUGACGCCCCUCCAUGCUGUGUAUGAGGAGAUCUGCAGAGAUGCGAAGGACCUGAACUUGCCUGUGGUCGGCUCUCAGAUUGUCGGUCUGAUCCCUCUGAAGGCUCUGCUGGACUCUGCUGACUUUUAUAUCCAGAGAGAUCGACUCUUCAUCAUCGAAGAGGAGCACAAAGUCCGACUGGUGAUCAGUAAACUUGGCCUCGACUCCCUCGGUCCGUUUAAUCCAAAGGAGAGAAUCAUAGAGUACAUGGUGAAGUCACAGGAGGAUGGACAGCUAGUGUCUUUGUCUCUGCGGCAGUUUGUUCAGAGCGUUGGUGCUCGGACAGCAGCUCCCGGAGGAGGAUCAGUUUCUGCAGCAGUCGGUGCAAUGGGGGCCGCACUGGGUGCCAUGGUUGGUCAGAUGACGUAUGGGAAGAGGCAGUUUGAGAAUCUGGACAGUGUGAUGAGGAGGCUGAUUCCUCCAUUUUAUCAGGCCAUGAAUGAAUUGCUGGACAUGGUGGAUGCCGACUCCUCCGCCUUCAACAGCUAUAUGGCAGCGCUGAAAAUGCCAAAGAAAACUGCAGAGGAAAUGAAAAGGAGAGAAGCUGCGAUGCAGGAAGGACUGAAGCAAGCUGUUGGCGUCCCAUUGGCUCUUGCUGAGAGGAUCAGCAUCCUUUGGCCGUCUCUUAAAGAAAUGGUUGUCUAUGGAAAUUUUAGCUGCAAGUCUGAUGCUCAGGUAGCAGCUAAAGCUUUAGAAACAGCUGUUUUUGGAGCGUACUACAACGUCACGAUCAACCUCAAAGACAUCACAGAUGAAGCCUUCAGAGCAGCAACUCAGAGGAGAGCGUCAGAAUUGCUGCAUGAAGCCAAAGACUGCAGCGCCGCCAUCCUCCAUGCUGCAGAGAAAAGAAACUGA